GGGAGCGUAUAUAAAGGCAGGUGGUCUCAGAGGAAGGGACACACAGCAAUCCCAACUAGAAGUGAACACGGGACCCUAACGUCUGCAAAGGAUUUUCCAACAACGCGUCUGCUUUUUCGAUUUCUUAACCCUGAAACUCGCACAGGAUGCUCUGCCCCAGCGUGUUCCAGCCCUCCCAGGUCAACAUGGGCCUCAUGCCCAUCAUGGACCUGCACUGGCCCAUCCGCAGCCUGUGGCCCGAGACCAGGCCCAUCUUCUACCAGAUGGAGCAGGAGAUGUUCCGCCACAUGCAGGAGAUGAGGCACAACAUGGAGUUUAUGGAUCGCCUUCACCAGAAGAUCUUCGAGGAGAUCGAGCAGUCUCACUCUUCCUUGAGCUCCUCCUCGUCCUCCUCCGUCUACAAGCCCAUCGCCUUCCAGGUGGGGAAGGACAGCGGCAACUUUGCCCUCAGCCUGGACACCAAGGACUUCUCCCCGGAGGAGUUGUCCGUCAAGCAGGUGGGCCGCAAGCUGCGGGUCAGCGGCAAGACGGAGCGGAAGCAGGACGACGGAAAGGGCUCCUUCUCCUUCCGUUGCCAGGAGUUCAGGCAGGAGUUUGACGUGCCAGAGGGGGUGGACCCCGACAACAUCACCUGCUCCCUGGCGGCGGGACAGCUGCAGAUCCACGCCCCCCGCGAGAGUAUCGGCGAUGGGAAGGAGAGAGUGGUGCCCAUCCAGUUCACCCCGGCCAUCACCUCCUCACAGAAGGACGAGGGAGCCGCCAGCCCCAGCCCAGCCUCCACAGAGACCUCAGCCAAGGCGGACUGAAAACGGACCCUGAACACCUUUUUUUUUGUCGAUUGUCAUUGUUUUAGUUUGUUGUCGUCAUAACCUAGCUGGCUCUGGAAAUGAUUCCACUCCAUAAACCCCCUGGUAUGGUUUGGUAAUAAAUAGACAAUGAAACCGCGCCCAUAUCACUGUUUAAUGGUGUGUUUUUCCUUCUGUAGAGGCCAAAAUAUGUUCGGACCUAUUGCCUCUAACUCUGUCAAAACAAUUCUAGCAAAGGCAGGAUUAGGUGGUAAAUACCUUUUGGGUCCACAGAUACUAUCCUUUACUAUGAUAUUAUGUAUUUACAAACUAAAUGAAAACUGAACUAAAGUAUAAACUGAACGAUAUUAUGAAGUGAGGAAGCAUUUCCUUACACAUUUAUUUUGGAGAAUAAACCUUUUUUUGUAAAUUA